CCCGGCAUGUGCAGCCAUUUUUGAAAAAAGUUGUGUUUGUAUAUUUGUGCAGCUAAAAUAGUCGAAUUCACAAUGACUUCGUUUGUGUCAGAUCCAUCUAGCUUAACAAAGGAUAAGUUGAGGAAAGAGUUGAUUAAGAGCAACAUAGAUUUACCCCCAAGCGACGCUAAAAAGGAUGUCUACGUGGAGUUAUAUCGUCAACACAUGAUUUCCAAUCCAAAACGAACAGAUCUUGGAUUUUCCAGCGACGAAGAGGAUGACAGUCCAGUGAAAUCUCAGAGGAAAGCUAAGUCAACCACCAUGAAUACCACGGAGAGGAUUACUCAGGAAGUGGAGAAUCUCACUGACAGUGAACUGGCUGCUCAACUACGAGAACUUGGGGCUGAUGUUGGACCCAUUGUUGAGACCACUAGGAGACUGUACCAGAAAAAGCUGUCAAAUCUGUUGCUACGAGGCGCUGGGGAGGCGGUAACCAAUGGUCAUACUCAAGAGGAAGAAGAGGAAGAAUACAGCGACAGUGAUACAGAUGAUGUAGUUCCAAUUCCUGUUGUUGAGGAAAAACAAGAAGUACGAAAACGUCCUGUUGCCCCUGUUCAACAAGCAACGAGAGAGUCUCCACGGAGACCGAGACCCCCAGUGUCAUAUAGGGAGUCACCUAGGAAGCUACGAUCAGAAUUCAAGACUGAGUCUGUAGAAAUGAAGCAGACGACAGUGACGAGCAAUAAUGUCACACGGACCAACAAUACAACAGUUGGCGCUGACACCAUCACGACACAAGUGAAAGAACAAGCUCCAAAAGAACAGAAACGUAUACUGCCCAUCUGGGUGCAAAUUAUGAUCUUUUUAGGCCUUGCCUUCCUGGUAUUCUUGGUCUUCCAGAAUAUGGAAUCUGCCUGGACCAGCAACAUACCUAAAACUUUAUCACACAACCCAAAAGAAAACGUAUGAGAGUCACAUUGUUGCCUGCGACCCCUACAGGCUUUCCUUUCAUAAUCAAAAAGUAUUGGAGUUUUCAUUGAAGAAUAGAUCAGAAGACUUAUGGAUUGAACAUAUAUUUUUGUGUGUAAGUGUAAAAACAAGGAAAAAUGGAAUAACACUCAUAAAUUAUUUCCUAUUUGUCAUUGGAUUGGAUAUUGCAAAGAAAACAGUCUUACCAAAGAAAUGUUUGUCAAAUUGUCACAUAAAUUGAAAAAGAAAGGUUGCUAAAUAUUGUUUAUUUAUCACAAGCUACAUUUAAUUUCCUAGGAGCCGAAUCUUCAGUUGUUUUCAUAUGUAAAAUGAUUGACACAAAGGAGACAAAGUUUGACAAGGGAAUGAUGAGUGGAUGGAGUGGAUUCCAAUUGAAUUUGACAUGUUUUACAAAAAAUCAUCAUCUAAGAAUGUUUCAUCUGUAAUAUAAUAAAAGAGAACAUGUACAGUUCAUAUUAUGUAGUUCUUGUACAUACGAUGUUCAAUACAUUUGCAAGUCAUUGAUGUACAGUAUAUAUUAAUAUUACACAUAUAAUGUACUUUAACAUAACAACAAUCACAAAAAAUGAAGUCCUUAUAGUUCAAUGCUAUUUAACCCCUUGGCUACCAUUUUUGCAAUUUUUAUCACUCUGACUAAAUAUUGCUAAUUGU